CGGGGUAGGGGGUGGCCGGGCCCGGCCCAUGGACCGUCCGCGCCUGAGGCGGAGCCCGCGGAAGGAGCCGCUCGGCCGCGGGAGGCGGCGCGGGGCUGCCGAGCGCGGCUGAGCCCCGGGGCCUUCGCCCCAGCCCCGUCCCGCCCGCGCCCCGCGCCCGCCGCCCCAGCGGCACCAUGUCGGCCAAGGUGCGGCUGAAGCGGCUGGAACAGCUGGUGCUGGACGGGCCGCAGCGGCACGACAGCGUGCUGAGCGUGGAGACUCUGCUCGACCUCCUGGUCGGCGUCUACGCCGAGUGCAGCCGCGACUCGCCGCUCCGCCGCGACCGAUACGUGUCCGACUUCCUCGAGUGGGCAAAACCAUUUACAAAACUGGUAAAGGAAAUGCAACUCCAUCGAGAUGACUUUGAAAUUAUAAAAGUGAUCGGAAGAGGUGCAUUUGGAGAGGUUGCAGUUGUUAAAAUGAAGUGUACAGAGCGCAUUUAUGCAAUGAAAAUUCUGAAUAAGUGGGAAAUGCUUAAAAGGGCAGAGACAGCUUGCUUCCGAGAGGAGAGAAAUGUCUUGGUGAAUGGAGAUUGUCAGUGGAUUACUACAUUGCACUACGCCUUUCAAGAUGAGAACUAUUUGUAUCUAGUGAUGGACUACUAUGUUGGUGGUGACUUGCUGACACUUCUCAGUAAGUUUGAAGACAAGCUUCCAGAAGAUAUGGCUAGGUUCUACAUUGGUGAAAUGGUGCUUGCUAUACAUUCCAUACAUGAACUGCAUUAUGUGCACAGGGACAUAAAGCCUGAUAAUGUUCUUUUGGACAUGAACGGCCACAUACGACUGGCAGACUUUGGGUCCUGUCUGAAAAUGAGUGAAGAUGGCACAGUACAGUCAUCAGUAGCAGUGGGUACACCUGACUACAUCUCUCCUGAGAUCCUGCAAGCAAUGGAGGAUGGAAUGGGGAAAUACGGGCCCGAAUGUGACUGGUGGUCACUGGGUGUCUGCAUGUAUGAAAUGCUGUAUGGGGAAACACCCUUCUAUGCAGAGUCACUAGUGGAAACCUAUGGGAAGAUUAUGAACCAUGAAGAACGAUUUCAGUUUCCAUCCCAUGUUACAGAUGUAUCUGAAGAAGCAAAAGAUCUUAUUCAACGACUUAUCUGCAGCAGGGAGCGUAGACUGGGACAGAAUGGAAUAGAGGAUUUUAAGUCUCAUGCAUUUUUUGAAGGACUUAAUUGGGAUAACAUCCGAAACCUAGAAGCACCUUACAUUCCAGAAGUUAGCAGUCCUUCUGACACCUCAAACUUUGAUGUAGAUGAUGAUGUACUAAGAAAUCCAGAAGUGGUGCCACCAAGUUCUCAUACAGGCUUUUCUGGAUUGCAUUUACCGUUUGUUGGGUUUACAUACACAACUGAUAGCUCUUUGUCUGAUAGAGGCACUUUAAAGAGUGUGAUGCAGUCUGACACUGUAACCAAAGAUACAGAUGUACAACGUGACUUAAAGAACACUUCACAAAUAGAAGGCUAUGAAAAGAAAAUACGGAAAUUAGAGCAAGAAAAGCAGGAUUUGAACAGAAAACUGCAAGAAUCUACACAGACAGUGCAGAGCCUCCAAGGUCCAAUGUGUGUUACAGUAAAUACAAGCCGAGAUAAGGAGAUUAAAAAAUUAAAUGAAGAAAUUGAACGGUUGAAGAACAAAUUAACAGAUGUAAGUAAAUUGGAAGCACAGCUUGCAGAUGCAGUGGCUUUUCGACAAGAACAUGAGGACUCCAUACACAAGUUGAAAGGACUAGAAAAACAGUGCAGAGUACUGCGGCAAGAAAAGGAGGACCUUCAUAAGCAACUUGUAGAAGCCUCAGAGAGAUUAAAGACGCAGUCCAAAGAAUUGAGGGAUGCCCACCAGCAAAGAAAGUUGGCUGUGCAGGAGUUCUCCGAGCUCAGUGAGAGGAUGGGAGACCUGCGGUCUCAAAAGCAGAAGCUGUCCCGGCAACUUCGCGACAAAGAAGAGGAGUUGGAAGUGAGCAUGCAGAAAAUCGAUGCUCUGCGACAGGACAUCCGUAAAUCCGAGAAGAUAAGGAAAGAGCUGGAAGCCCAACUCGAAGAAGUUGUAGCAGAAGCAUCGAAAGAACGCAAGCUUCGUGAGCACAGUGAGGUUUUCUCCAAACAACUGGAAAAUGAACUGGAAGCUCUAAAGCUGAAGCAAGGAGGCCGGGCAGCUGGUGCCACACUAGAACAUCAGCAGGAACUUUCCAAAAUUAAGUCUGAGCUGGAAAAGAAAAUCUUAUUUUAUGAAGAAGAGUUGGUCCGACGAGAAGCAUCACAUGUUUUAGAAGUAAAAAAUGUGAAAAAGGAAGUACAUGAUUCAGAGAGCCAUCAGCUUGCACUGCAGAAAGAGAUCAUGAUAUUGAAGGAUAAACUAGAGAAAACAAAGCGAGAGAGGCACAGUGAAAUGGAGGAAGCAGUAGGAACAAUGAAAGAGAAAUAUGAACGUGAAAGAUCUAUGCUCUUGGAAGAUAACAAAAAGCUAACAACAGAAAAUGAGAGGCUCUGCUCCUUUGUGGACAAACUAACAGCACAGAACAGACAGCUAGAAGAUGAGCUUCAAGAUCUAGCAGCAAAGAAGGAGUCUGUUGCUCACUGGGAAGCUCAGAUUGCAGAAAUUAUUCAAUGGGUAAGUGAUGAGAAGGAUGCUCGUGGCUAUCUCCAGGCAUUAGCUUCCAAGAUGACAGAAGAACUAGAAUCAUUGAGAAGUUCCAGUCUGGGGUCACGAACACUGGAUCCACUUUGGAAAGUGCGACGCAGUCAGAAGUUGGAUAUGUCAGCCAGGCUGGAAUUACAGUCUGCUCUUGAUGCAGAAAUUCGUGCCAAACAACUGGUUCAAGAAGAGCUACGAAAAGUUAAAGAUGCAAACAUAUCUUUUGAAAGUAAAUUAAAGGAAUCAGAAGCAAAAAAUAGAGAACUGUUGGAAGAGAUGGAAGGUUUGAAGAAAAAACUGGAAGAAAAAUACAGAACAGAUUCAGGUCUCAAACUUCCAGAUUUUCAAGAUUCCAUUUUUGACUAUUUCAACACCUCUCCUCUUACACGUGAUUUGACUUUCAGAACCAGCUCCAUUAGUGAGCAGGAAAUGCAGGGUCCCAAGUCAGAAGUUUCACCAUCUACUUCAGUUGUAACUGCAGAGCAACAACAAGAAGAACCAAUUCGGCUUCAGAGGAUGCCUGCUGCUCCUUCCCCCACCAUUCAGUCCAUUUCUCUAGCUGUACCAAAGCCUAAAGCUCACCAGCUCAAUAUCAAGUCAUUCACAAGCCCUACUCAGUGUAGUCAUUGCACCUCUCUCAUGGUGGGAUUAGUUCGACAAGGUUAUGCCUGUGACGUGUGUUCAUUUGCAUGCCAUGUUUCCUGCAAGGAUAGUGCACCUCAGGUCUGCCCUAUACCCCCUGAGCAAGCCAAAAGGCCUCUUGGAGUAGAUGUGCAAAGAGGAAUAGGAACCGCCUAUAAAGGUUAUGUCAAGGUCCCAAAGCCUACAGGAGUUAAGAAGGGGUGGCAGAGGGCUUAUGCAGUUGUCUGUGACUGUAAACUCUUCUUAUAUGAUGUGCCUGAAGGAAAAUCCACUCAGCCUGGAGUUGUGGCAAGUCAAGUCUUGGAUCUCAGAGAUGAAGAUUUUUGUGUGAGCUCUGUCCUAGCAUCGGAUGUAAUACAUGCAACUCGUAAAGACAUCCCUUGUAUAUUCAGGGUUACAGCUUCUCUCUUAGGUUUGCCUUCAAAGUCUUGUUCUCUACUGAUCCUGACGGAAAAUGAGAAUGAAAAGAGGAAGUGGGUUGGAAUCCUAGAAGGGUUGCAGUCUAUCCUUCACAAAAACAGACUAAGGAACCAGGUUGUGCAUAUUCCACAAGAAGCCUAUGACAGUACACUGCCUCUUAUUAAAGCAAGUUUAGCUGCUGCUAUUGUAGAUCGAGAUAGGAUAGCAAUUGGUUCAGAAGAAGGACUGUAUGUGAUAGAGGUGACCCGUGAUGGUAAGUUAGGCCAUAAUGCAUGCAAAAUGGCCUCCAGAAUGAGGUGCUCCAUCAUCUUGCCAGGGAUUGAGGGAGAUGGACAAUCUAUAAACCUGGUAAAUCCUAAUGACCCCUCGCUUAUCUUCCUCUCACAGCAGUCUUUUGAUGCCCUUUGUGCUGUGGAGCUCAGUAAUGAGGAAUACCUGCUUUGCUUCAGCCAUAUGGGAGUAUACGUCGAUUCGCAAGGUCGAAGGUCACGCAUGCAGGAACUAAUGUGGCCUGCAACUCCUGUUGCCUGUAGUUGCAAUUCUUCUUAUGUAACAGUGUAUAGCGAGUAUGGUGUUGAUGUAUUUGAUGUUAACACUAUGGAAUGGGUCCAGACUAUUGGCCUGCGAAGGAUCAGACCAUUAAACAUGGAUGGCACACUGAACCUCCUUAACUGCGAGCCACCGAGACUAAUAUAUUUCAAGAACAAGUUUGCAGGAGCUGGCCUCAGUGUACCAGAAACAUCUGACAACAGCAAGAAGCAAAUGCUUCGAACCAGGAGCAAAAGAAGAUUUGUAUUUAAGGUUCCUGAGGAAGAGCGAUUGCAACAAAGGCGGGAAAUGCUUAGAGACCCUGAGCUAAGGUCAAAGAUGAUUUCUAACCCAACAAAUUUCAACCACGUGGCUCAUAUGGGACCAGGAGAUGGAAUGCAGGUUCUCAUGGACCUCCCACUGAGUGUCCUACCUCCUGCACAGGAUGAAAAAACCUGUCCGUCUGCAGCAAACCUCUCACGGCAGCAGCAGCAGAGAAACAAAACCUACAUCUCGUGGCCCUCAUCAAGUGGCAGUGAUGUGGGAGUGGCCAUGCCUUCCCGAAGUAUGUCUGACCCUGACCAGGAGUUUGACAAAGAGCCUGAUUCAGACUCCACCAAACACUCUACUCCAUCUAACAGCUCAAAUCCAAGCGGUCCCCCAAGUCCCAACUCUCCUCAUAGGAAUCAGCUUACGCUGGAUGGACUGGACCAGUCAACCUGUGACGCGUAACACUACCGCUCUCACCAUUCCAGCUCCGGUCAUCCGCUACUCCAUGGUAUUCAAGAGCAGGGCAAAGCUGACUCAGAUGCUAGUGCCAAGACUGACACAGACUCUCUAGUGUUGUACAAGAAUAAUUAUAUAUCCAGAUUGUAGAUACAAACUAUUGAAAUGAAGAAAAUUCUUUACUAAUAGCGAUCAAGCUUUUUAUGCAGAAUUGUUCACUGCUCAGCUAUGGUUGGUUCCUUUCUGCACAGCUGUGACAUGGUUUUAUUGCAUAGGAGCAUUUAAGGCCACCAGUAAAUAGUCUUAUUCUUAUGGUGAAAGAGAAAUAGAGAGAGAUACUGAUAAUGUUGCUACAAUAUCAGGAAUAUUAUUUUUCUAUAGAAUGAUGUAAUGUCUGAUUAGCAGGAAAUCCUUUUAGACAGAAUUUGGACCUCUAAAUAGGAAAUGUGAGCAGGUCUAGUUACAUCCUCAGAUGAAUACACUUUUCCCUUUUUCCCAUAACUGUUUGUUUCCUAAAUCUUAAGGAGAAUGCUAGGAAGCUGUAGGUCGUUUCCAACAUCACCAGGAAGUCAAAUGAAAGCUGGUUAUAGUUUUGUGGCCUUUUAAAUCAUUUAGCCAUUACAUAUACAGCUGCAUAACUGUCUUUCUAUCUUUCUACCAACUUUUUAGUCUUGUACAUAGGACUACUGCCAGUUAUCUCUUUACCCAUUCCCUGCUUUUUAGUCCUCAUCAGUCACUAGUCAGGGCUUUUAAAAUACUGGUAAUUACUGCUGUGAAAAAAAAAAAUUUUACUCCUAGUUCCUGCCUAUCUCCUCCUGAGAAGUUGUUUCUCCUGGGUUUUUUGGUGUAAGGACACACUACGCUGUUUAGCUAGCAAGCCUUCUCGUGGACGCAUUGCCCUCGAAGUCCGCCUGACCUAAGGGACUAUAUCGCACUAAAACAUCAGUCUGCUUUAUUGGCUACCAAAGUGGAACGUGAAGGAUGUGUAACUGGGGGUGCUGCUUUUCUCAUUAACUGUAUCCUCACCUGCAUGAAGACCCCAUGAUUAUUAAUCAAGUAUUGAUCAUGUAGAAAAAUGCACAACACACUCCUGUAUAUUUUGCGAUGGCCCACGUGCAGUGAUGUUUUGCGUGUAUAUUUAAUCUCAUGCUUCCAUGUAUUAUACAUUUAGUAAUCAAGGAUUUGUGACCAUGUUUCAUUAAAAGCUUGUAAUUAAUUCCGUGGCUGGCAUAUCCAGUUUGUCAUUGUCACACUAGUGUGCCUUCUGUGCCAAUUUUAUGACAGUUGGAUGUCACUUAUUUAAAAUUCGGUUUAAAUGGGCUAAUGAUAUGCCAAUGGCUAAUGUUCUUUUCUGAAACACUGUAUAGGACGUGCACUUAUCUUUAGUUUAAACUGAGUGUUCUAGUCAACAUUUAAUCCUGUUACGUUAAGUGUUCGACAGUACUUGCUCUUUUUCUCAGAUUCUUGAUAAAGGGGCUCAGUUAGAGCUGGACACUACUGCUUUGGGGGUUUUCUGGUUUUUACUUUUUUAAUGUAAGUCUAAGUCUUUGUAAUUAUUGAAUUGUGAGAACAUUUUUGAACAAUUUACCUGUCAAUAAAGCAGAAGAGGGAGGUUUUAAAGUU